AUGAAUAAUUCAUUGACAUUAUCGACAAAUAUGUCUUUACUGGAAGAAUGUUUAAGAGAGACGACCACAUCAUUGAUCGAUCAAUUAGUAUCACUCGUCCGUAUGGAAGUCACGUCAACUGAGGUCAAACCAAAUGAUGGGAACAAAUAUGAAAUAACAUUUAUACCAGUGAUUGUCAUAAGUUUGAUAAUCGAGCAAAUUAUUCGUCUAAUAAAACGCCAGGAUUUAUGUAGAUAUCAGGAUUUUAUCAUCAAUUUAGGCGCUUCUCUUAUAUUUGUUUUAUUCCGUUCUUUGAUUAUAAGUUUCAUUGUAUUUACUUUGUAUUGGAUUUACGAAAACUAUUCAUUAAUUCAAUUACCAUUGGAUUCAAUCUGGACGUGGAUUUUGGCACUACUUAUGGGUGAAUUAUCAGUGUAUUGUACGCAUAGAGCUAUGCAUGAAAUCAACUUUCUAUGGGCUGCCCAUCACUUCCACCACAUGACUGAAGACCUCAAUGUUUCGGCAACAAUAAGGGCCACAAUUUUGGAUCUAUUUUUAUAUGAUUUAUUCCCAAUGCCAUUGGCACUGUUUAUUCCGCCACAAUUGCUUGUAUAUCACAUACAACUAAGUUUUCUCUAUCAAAUGUGGUUACAUAAUGAAGUGGUCGGCAAUUUGGGUCCAAUUGAAUAUAUAAUAAACACUCCGCGACAACACAGAGUACAUCACGGAAAGAAUCGGUAUUGCAUUGACAAGAAUUACGGGACAUUCCUAAUGGUUUGGGACCGACUAUUUGGUACUUACCAGUCAUAUCAAGAGAAACCCAUUUUUGGAUUAGUUUCACAAACACCUCAAACUUAUGACACAAUGACUUUACAAUUUGGAUAUUAUUGGGAAAUGAUUCAAAAAUUGUGUAAAAUUCAAGGUUUAAGCAAUAAAGCAUCGAUACUAUUUAAAGGGCCGGGUUGGGCACCUGGCAAACCAAGAUUAGGCAACAUUGAUGAUGUGCCCAAUUGUGAUAUCAAUGCACCAAAAUAUAGUUACGAUCCACACAUAAGUCAAUGGAAAAAAAUAUAUUCAUUGAUUCAUAUAUCGAUUAUAACGUUAGCAUUCAUGCAAUUAGCAGACUAUUCAACAAUCUCAAAUAUUAAAAUAUUAAUUGGUGUCAUUUAYAUUACCAUUUUUCUCACAUCUAUCGGAGCAUUAUUUGAUAGAGAAUUACCGCAUAUAUUGAACUUAUAA